GUGGGAAAAUAAACAUGGCGCAACACGUGCAGGAAGCUAUCGUAGAGAGACGUUUACGUCCAAUUUAUGAUUCCCUGGAGGUGGGUAACAACAAGAAGGCCCUUCAGGAGGCUGAGAAGGUGCUAAAGAAGAGCCCCGCGAUGCAAUGUGCCAGAGCACUGAAGGCUCUGGCCCUGUUGAGGUUAGGUCGCGACGAAGAGAGUGAGACAAUUGUCAGAAAUCUCGCUGACGAGGACAUCUGUGAUGAUCCCACACUCCAGGUUAUGACCUUCUGCUACCGCGAGACGGAUCAGCUGGAUAAAAUCUGCUCAAUGUACCAGAAGGCUGUGAAAUUGGCACCGAAGAAUGAAGAGAUCCUCUCGCAUCUCUUCAUGGCCUACGUCAGGAUAAAUGACUACAAGAAUCAGCAGACGGUAGCCCUCCAAUUGUACAAAUUGCGCCCGAAGAAUCCCUACUACUUCUGGGCCGUCAUGAGUAUCGUCCUUCAGGCCCUCCGUGGACCAGAUCGUGAGGACAAGGCCAAGAGAAAAGUUCUCCUAGCUCUGGCUCAGCGAAUGGUGGACAAGUUGAUCAGUGAGGAUAAGCUCGAUGCUGAGCAGGAUGUUCAGCUGUAUAUCAGCAUCUUGCAGUAUCAGGAGAAGUACCAGGAGGCCUUUGACUUCCUGGAAGGGGCUGUGUGCAAGAAACUCUAUCCCAGUGCUCCAGUCUCCAUCAAAAUCGACCUCCUGACCAGCCUCAGCAAAUGGGUGGAACUCAAUGUGCUGCUGAAGCAACUCCUGGAGGACAAUCGAGAUCGCUGGGACUACUACAAAAUCUACAUUGACUCGUGCUUUGAACUCGAGGACGCACAAAUUGCCGCCGAAGGAACUGAUCACACCAUGGAAAUGUGCCAUGAGUUCAUCUGCCUCAUGAUGGAGGGCACCAAGAAAGUCCGAGGGCCCUAUUUGGCCCGCCUGGAGCUCCAUCGGUUGCUCCGGGAACGCAAUAAAGAUCCAGUUCCUCUCCUUGGGGACUACCUUGAGCUGCUCAUUGAGUACUUCCGGCUGUUUGGCGACAAAACCUGCUGCGCCCUAGACAUUAAGAUGUUUCUCGAGUAUCUCCCAAUGCACGAACGACCCGGUUUCGCCUCACGCCUCAUCGUCGAAUGCGGAAUAAGUUCAACGACCCUUCCUCAGAAUAAAGAGCAAAUGCAGAAGCACAUUUGCUCCCUUCAGAUCUCCCGGUACGUAGGUGUUCAUUCUGUUCUUGGAACUGAACACCUUGCAGCCCUGCACACUGCCCUGAGUCUUCACUACGAGCACGGUGUUAGUGCAUUUGGAGUGGAUUUGAUGCCAACGGAAAUUGGUCCAUCGGAUCCCUACGCUCUUCUAGCCGUUCACGUAAUGUACGAUCUCUCUCAACGAAUAAAGGCAUCGAAACAUUUAGUGGAAGCCCUCUGUCUCCUCCAGUAUCUCCUGUCCAAUUCACCAACAAACUUCCAUGCAAAACUCUUAUCCCUGAAAGUCUAUCACUAUUUGGGCUGUGGAAUGGGCGCAACGAAAAUCUACGAAACACUGGACAUCAAGCACAUUCAGUUGGACUCAAUGGGAUUCAUUCACUGUGCCCUGUUGCCCACAAUUGGACUCCCAUCAAUUGCUAAACCCCUCUACGAUGUCACCCUGAAGUUUUUCACAACGAGUCUCAAGGACAGCGUCGAGUAUCUGGCAAUGAGCUACAAGUUCGGCUCCUUCUCGAAGCUGCAGGAAUUUAUGGACUUCCGCGAGAAACUCGCAAAUAGUUUACAUUAUUCUCUAAUCUCAGUGGAGGCGAUUCUCAUGGAAAUCGCAGGCUACUGUGGUACAAUGGCGCACAAUUUAUCGAGCUUCCGGAGUAUGCGAAUUCAUCCGGAAGAAGAUAAGAUCAAAUGGGAUCACCUGACGGACAAUCGGGACUUGGCAGUUGUUGUCCGAUGGGAUCCUACGAGUGUCAAUGCGGCCGAUGGGGAGGCCAAGAGGGAGCCAUCGAUAGCGUCAACGAAAGAAAUGGCCGUGGAGAGUUUCAAUCAGGACCGUGAGUUGCUUCGAUUGCGUGUUGGUCUGAUGCAUCUCACGGCAUCCUGUGUCAAUUUACUGACAAAUCGCGAAGGUACCAAAGAUGCCCGUCUCAGUGGCACCCACAAAAGUCUCCACGAUGCCUGGCGAGACCUGUUCGUGCAUGCCCGUGAGGCCAAUUACAAACCCCUGAGUGAUCAGUACUUAGUCAAUAUUCUGCCAUCGCGCUUACAUGCAAUUCUCGACCUGCCCUACGAGGACACCUUCUAUGCCCUGUCGGACUUUGUGGGGUGUGUCUUCCAUGGGGCAGAAAAUCCAAAAUCGCGCGCUGACACGCUAAAUGAAUGCCUCCGGAGUGUGGCUGCGAGGCUGGAGUUGGAAAUCACAAGUCACAAUCAACAGACUGACCUCAUAUGGAAUCGUCGGGUGAUUCAGGAACGUGUGGUUAAUUGCAUUGAGAUACUGUCGCUGUGUUCUUUUGUACUUGUUUGCGGCUACGAGAGAUUCAGCCGAGCCGGCGGUGUCAAUAGUCAUCAGGGGAGCAAGAAGAACAAGAAGCGUGAGGCAGAGGGAAAUGGAGGGGAAUCGGUGAUUGGAGGUGCUGGACAAGUGGCCGAAAAGGAACGAUUAGUGGCAAUUGUGGAUGUUCUCAAGGGUCUCAGAGACCAAUUGAGUAUAUGCGACGUGGCACUAGACUCAUGGAAAAUGCCACAAGUCUCUAAUGAACUAUUGGAUAGUCUAGCUGCAAUGUCACUGAAUCCCAAAGUUGAGGCGACUGUUAGUGGCAUUUUCAGGGAGAAUCAUCGACUUGUGGUCAAAGAGCUCAAGAAUGCCAUCAAAGAGAAAAUUCGUAUGGUGCAGAAGUCGUAAAAAAGGGAAAGGGGGGGAGCAGGGAGAGGGCUAAAGAGAAGACGAGGGAGGGAGGGGGGUUUGGAAUGGAAGAAAAUGCACAUCAUCAUCUUCAUUUUGGAGGUAAUAGACAACUUGUACGUUUUUCCUUCAUUCUCUUCUCGUUUCACCAUCCGCCAUUGCCUCCCCGGAGGGAGCCAAACGUCUCUCGAGGGAUUAAUUUUCUUCGUGGAGAGCGAAAAGGGUUGAGGAGCACAAACAAUGGGAAGAAAAAUAUAGCAUGAGGUGAAGAAGGAAAAAAAAAUUGUAAAAUACCGUGUGGAAAAUGUAUCAAAUUUGAAACAAUUGGCGAAGAAGUUUGAGGGAAAACAACCAGUUAAAAUAAUAUUUCUUCAAAUAAAUGAGCAUCUUUGGAGUUCAUUGUGAGUGCAA